AGUGCUCACCAAUGCCACAAUCCCUCACUUUUCACCAACGAAGAAGUGGGAACACUGCUGUGAUGUCUGGGACCAUGGCGGCCGCCCUGAGAAGAAGCUUCUCCCCGUUUGUCAAGGGUCUUGGACCUUCCCGGUGGCAACAGUUGGCGUCUCGACAGCUGAGCUUGUCCCACGGUCUCUGUGGUUCCGAGUCCCCACUAGCUCGAGCUGAUGCCAUCUUCAAGGUCACCAUGAUUCCAGGGGAUGGAGUUGGACCAGAGCUAAUGACUGCUGUCAAGGACGUCUUUAAGGCCGGUGAUAUCCCUGUUGAAUUUGAGGAGUUUCACCUGAGUGAAGUGCAGCACAUGGCCAGUGAAGACAAACUGGAUCACGUCUUGUCUUCUAUGAGAAACAACAAAGUAGCUAUUAAAGGGAAGAUUCACACACCCAUGGAGUAUAAAGGAGAACUAGCUUCAUAUGAAAUGAAACUGAGGCGUAAACUGGAUCUGUUUGCUAACGUGGUUCACGUGAACAGCCUGCCUGGUUACAGCACACGCCAUAAUAACCUGGAUCUGGUCAUCAUUCGUGAGCAGACAGAGGGGGAGUACAGCUCCCUGGAGCAUGAGAGUGUGCCAGGGGUCAUUGAAUGUUUGAAGAUUAUCACCAGAGAUAAGUCACGGCGCAUCGCCAAGUUUGCCUUCGACUACGCCACCAAGAAAGGCCGAAGCAAGGUCACCGCUGUCCACAAAGCCAACAUCAUGAAAUUAGCAGACGGCUUGUUCUUGCAGAGUUGUGCAGAGGUGGCCCAGCUGUACCCCAAAAUUAAAUAUGAGAACAUAAUCAUUGAUAAUUGCUGCAUGCAGCUGGUCCAAAACCCUUACCAGUUUGACGUGCUGGUGAUGCCCAACUUGUAUGGAAACAUAAUCGAUAACCUGGCAGCGGGGCUGGUGGGAGGAGCAGGAGUUGUUCCAGGAGAAAGCUACAGUGCAGAAUACGCUGUUUUUGAAACUGGAGCCCGACAUCCCUUUGCCCAAGCCGUAGGAAGAAACAUCGCCAACCCCACAGCCAUGCUGCUCAGUUCUGCUAACAUGCUGAAGCACCUCAACCUGGAAUAUCACUCCCAGAUGAUUUCAGAUGCUGUCAAGAGGGUCAUCAAACAGGGAAAGGUUCGGACACGAGACCUUGGGGGGUACUCGACCACUGGAGACUUUGUGCAUGCUGUAGUGGAAAACCUGCGACACCGACCGGCUCACUAAGACGUUUUUCCAGCCCCACUGAUACCCCCCCCCCCCCCCCCCCCCCCCCCUGAGUCCGGGACAGUGAUCACGUUAAGACUCAUUUCCCAUCGUUGAAGUCAGAUGUGUGAGCCUGUGUUGUCAUUUCGGGGGGGGGGGGGGGGGGGGUUGUGUUUGGCUGUCGGAAUAAGUGGACAGACACUUUUGUUUCGUGAGAAUUUCUAUCAGUCUGCUGCUUUCUCUCAGGAUACAGCUCCACGUUCACCUCCCAUCAACUUUCAUUUGCUUCUUUUUUUUAAUGUCUGAUUUGUCCACAUUUGUAGUCAAAUAUCAGUAACUUUCCAUAAAGCAGCUCAUCUGUCAUCUGUUCAUAUCAACUUUUGUCUGGAAGAGACUGAAACUGUAAAUGUUUCGUUAGAAUUCACCAAAAACGUCUGACGACUACUAACUAAGUGAAACUCCUUCCCCAACAGGAUGUUUAUUGUUGUUCUGUAACUUUUAAUUACAAAGUGCUAUCUGUGCUUCAUUGAGCAGAACACAGAUUCAUUUCCGAAAACUAGAUCCUUUUAUUUAUUUAUUGGCACAUUUUUCUAUCCUCCUAGUUUCCAUUAGAUUGUAUGAACAGUUGAAUGAAUAGAUCUGUAACAUUGUUUGACUUGGACAUGAUAAAAAUCAGACCUUAAAGAAAGCUGUGCUCUGUCAGCAUUUGACAUUCUUUAAAAGGACUUCACAUUUUAAAUUUGUAUGCAAGAACAAGGAGAAACGCAGAGCUGCGUAAAGAGAAACAUUAUGCCAUCAAAUUUAAAGUUUUGAUAGACUUUUUCGGGGUGCUUCUGAACAGCUGUUUUUUUCUCAACACAUUUUAAAUACAUAUGUGGAUGGAAAACUGAAAUAUGCAGAUUAAAAAUGCCAAAUAAUAAAGAAAGAGUCCAAAUUCUUUUAAGGG